AUGUCCACCGAUCCCUCUACUUACAAGCUGAACCACACGAUGCUGCGGGUCAAAGACCCAAAGCGGUCGUUGCAGUUCUAUGAAUUUCUGGGCAUGAAUGUCAUCCAGAAGCUGGAUUUCCCCGAAUGGAAGUUCUGCAACUACUUCCUCGCCUAUAACGGACCCAACUCCCUGCAGGGUGGUGAUCGCCAUUUCACCGACCGCAAUGCGGUGCUGGAGCUCUGCCACAACUACGGGACCGAGAACGACCCCAACUACAGUGUCGUCAACGGAAACACCGAGCCCUAUCGGGGGUUCGGCCACUUGGCCAUCUCCGUGGACAACAUCGAGGCGGCCUGCAAGCGCAUCGAGGACGCUGGCUACGCAUUUCAGAAGAAGCUCACCGAGGGACGUAUGCGCCACAUCGCUUUUGCCAAGGAUCCCGAUGGCUACUGGGUGGAGAUCAUCCGUCGUGGCGAGGAGAAUUUGUCGGAAACGACCGACCCAGGCUCAUACCGUCUGAACCACACCAUGUUGCGAGUCAAGGACGCCGAGGCCAGCUUGAAGUUCUACCAGGAGUCGAUGGGCAUGACUCUGGUCCGCACGGCUGAAAACCCCGAUGCGAAAUUCAACCUCUACUUCUUGGGAUACCCCAAAUCCAACCCCGAGAUCAAGGAGGGAGCGAAGAAUGGAGUGGCCGAGUGGGAGGGCCUUCUUGAACUGACUUGGAAUUAUGGCACUGAGAAGGAGGAAGGUCAGGUUUACCACAACGGCAACACUGAACCGCAAGGAUUUGGCCACAUUUGUAAGCCUCGUGAAAUGCUCGAGUAUCUGUACAAUUCUUUGCAAAGUGACGUCGCUAAUGAACUUGUCUCUUUUCCGUGUUUGACAGGUAUCUCCGUCGAUGACAUUCACGCCGCCUGUGAGCGAUUCGACUCGGCCAAUGUUACCUUUAAGAAGCGUCUCACCGAUGGCCGCAUGAACAACAUUGCCUUUGUCUUGGACCCCGAUAACUAUUGGAUUGAGGUGAUCCAGAAUGAACGUAUCAAGCGCACCUCCAACUGGUAA